AUGAAUACAUCAAAGCAGCCAUCACUGAUAAUAUGUUUCACUCUGCCAGAUAUUGCACUUAUCACACCUCUACGGGAAGGCAUGAAUCUUAUAAGUUACGAGUUUCUUGCAUGCCAAGAUGCCAAAAGAGGAGUGCUCAUUUUAAGUGAAUUUGCUGGUGCUGCACAGUCGCUGGGUGCAGGAGCCAUACUUGUUAAUCCUUGGAAUAUACCCGAAGUUGCAGCUUCCAUAUACUAUGCUUUGAAUAUGUCAACUGAAGAAAGAGAGAAACGUUAUCUACAUAACUUCUUACAUGUCACAAACUACACUGCUCAAGUAUGGGCCGAAACCUUAUUAAGUGCACUGAACGAUACUGUGGUUGAAGCACAGUUGAGAAUUAGACAACUUCCACCACCGCUCCCAGUUGAAGAGGCUAUUGAGCGAUAUGUCAAGUCAACUGAGAACGGAAUGUUUUUGCGAUCCACUAAAGGUGACUGGAUGAUGACGAUGCCUGAACAUUUAAACAUGGACUGGGUUGAUAGUAUAAAGCAUGUUUUCGCGUAUUUCACGGAAAGAACUCCACAAUCCUAUAUCGAGAUUCGUGAGACAUCAAUAAUUUGGAACUACAAGUAUGCAGAUUUGGAAUUUGGGAGGCUUCAAGCCAGAGACAUGUUGCAAUAUCUCUGGACAGGUUCGAUAUCUAAUGCGUCAGUGGAUGUUGUGCAUGGUGACUGUACUGUCGAGGUCCGACCCUUCGGUGUUACAAAGGGUCUUACCAUUGGUCGCAUUUUAGGAGAGAUUAAUAAUUGCAAAUCUAUUUCCUCGCCAAUAAAUUAUGUCUUAUGCAUUGGCCAUUCUCUAGGGAAGGACGAAGAUAUUUACACAGUAUUUGAGCCUGAGUUUCCCUCAAGGGACAUUAGCAUUCCAAGACUGAUUCUAAGUGAUACAACAAAUCCUUUUGGCUCCAGGAUGUUUGGGAGAAGUGGGUCUCAAAAACAUACUCGUGAACCAGAUUUGGAAAAUAAGCAAAACAAUAAUAAUGACAGUGACAUUAACAAUGUUGUUGAGAAUGGUAACAGACAAUCAUCACCAUUCCUUAAUAAGUUAACAUGGAAUUUACUUGAUCUAGAAAGGGACAACUAUUUCUCAUGUGCGGUUGGAAAAACACGUACAAAGGCCCGCUACAUACUCCCAACAUCGGAUGAUGUAGUCUCCCUUCUAAAAGGCCUUGCUCAGGCAUCAUGA